UGCCGCUGCGUCGUCGGGGGACACGCUCGCCGACCUCGGCGGCGCCGCCGCCAAGGGGAUCGACAGCGUGCCAGGGAAAAAAGAAGCACUCCAUCUCGUUUGGAACAAGUCAACACUGGUUGGUUUAUUGGUGUACUUAGUACUAGUAUUUAUUAAUCGUGUCGGUGCUCUGAUCUGCGACUGCUAGGACGAUCUAUUCGGUCUGCCUGACGUGAAGUAACCACGUUCACACGAAGCAUUUCUUUCUUAUGGGAGUAGUAGAACUGAAUUUUUCUUGUUUCUGUGCAAAGGAUGCUCUUUUGUUCACUGGUUCCUACGGAGCAGAAUCUAAAUAUUCGUAAUUUAUGCUUGGAAAUGUGAGGUUCGAUGCUUUACUUAUCGUACAAGGCUACAACCAAGUGGCAAUUCCCAUUUGCUUUUAGCCCUGUACAAGCAAGCGGAACUUUUAUGGUUGUUGUUGUUGUUAAAUAUAUCAGCGGAACUGUGAUGGUUGUUGUCGUUAAAUAUAUCAGCGGAACUUUGAUGGUUGUUGUCGUUAAAUACUGGACUGGUACUAAAAGGUGGCUGUUCUCCUUUUGUGUGAACUGCUGCUACAACAGAAGUGAAUAACUUGGGACCAUGGGCGAAGGGGCUUCUGAAAGGGAUGCCGGCCUCGGCGGCAGGGCCAGCAGCUAUGGGUCCAGUUGCGAAGUAUCCGCUGGUUCUGGCAGAGGAGAGGACGCGGCGGCCAGAUGUUCUUGAUCACCUUAGGAUGUAUGGAGGAGGGUGGAACAUCACUAACAAGCACUAUUGGGCGUCUGUUUCAUUCACAGGAGUUGCUGGAUUUGUUCUUGCUGCUGUGUGGUUUAUCUCAUUUGGGAUUGCUGUAGCUGUACACUGCUUUUGUAAAUCAAGAAUAGGCAAAGAAAAGGAUUCUCAUGCAGAUAUACUGCACCUUGUGUUGCUUGUGGUCUUCACACUUGCCUUAACAGCUGGAUCUGUUGUCCUUUUGUAUGGGCAGAGUAAAUUCGGUAAACAAGCUACGGGCACUGUUGAUUUUGUUGUGAACCAAUCUGAUUUCACUAUUCAGACACUAAGGAAUGUCACCGAUUACUUGUCACUUGCAAAGACAAUCAGUGUGGCAGCACUCUAUCUUCCUUCAGAUGUUCAAGGCCAGAUUGACAACUUGAAAGUUGACUUAAAUAAAGCAGCUGAUACUAUAUCUGAAAAGACAUCAGAAAACUACAGAAGGAUCAGAAAAGUUCUCCAUAAUGUGUCUGUUGGCUUGAUUUGCGUAGCGGUGUUGAUUCCUGCUCUUGCAUUCCUGGGAUAUGUUCUGGAGCUAUAUGGACCAAGAUGUACAGUUUAUGUAUUUGUUACUUUAUGCUGGAGUGUAGUGGCAGCUCUCUUCGUUCUUCUAGGGGUUUUUCUGAUAUUAAACAGUGUUGCAAAGGAUACUUGUGGAGCAAUGGAUGAAUGGGCACAGCAUCCUCAAGCAGAGACAACUCUCAGCAACAUUCUUCCAUGUGUAGAUGAAAGCACAACCAAUCAAACCUUGUACCAGAGUAAACAUGUUGUGGUAAUUCUUGUACGGUUAGUUAAUAAAGCUAUAUCUGCUCUUUCAAAUCGAAGACCACAUCAUAAACAUCCUACACAGUUCAUGCCUUACCUGUGUUCUCCUUACGAUGCAAACCUGACUGAUCGGCAGUGCAAGUCUAGGGAGGUCACCUUUGAUAAUGCAACCACGGCAUGGCUGAACUAUACAUGCAUGGUUCCUGACGCAGACUUGUGCUCUGGCCCCAGAACCAUAACUCCGGAGAUAUACAGCCAGCUUGUGUUAGCUGCCAAUGUGAGCUACGCUCUGUACCAUUAUGCCCCUCUCAUGCUCAACCUCCAGGACUGCAAGUUCGUCCGCGACACAUUCAACUCCAUCGCUUCGCAGUACUGCCCUCCUCUGUGGCGCGACCUCAGCUUGGUCUCAGCAGGCCUGGCUCUCAUUGCCUCUGGCUUCGUACUUGGCCUCCUCUUGAUGCUUUUUGCGGACCGCCCCCAAAGGGAGGAGGAGUCCGAGCUGCCAUCAGGGUCAAGGAUCACACCAGUAGACUGCUCUCCAUGAUAGUAGGUGGAUGAGUGUUUACUCCAUGCUUGUCCAAACUAGCUCAGUUCUAUGGUCAUUCAAACUAGUAUAGCAAUUGCCUGUAAUAGUUAGGAAAAGGAAGAAGGCGAAAGCACUGGGGGCAAAGCCCCCAUUUUGCAGGGGAGAGCUAGGUGGAUGAUUCCUUCCUUCCAUGACUUAUACAUGGUAUGUUUCAGGGAAUAAUUGUAAAUGCUAAUGGCUAACAAAAUUUGGGGCAAAGCCCCACUAUGAUAUGAAGAGCAAUGUUCUGUAUCCUCCAUCAUUGUUCAGCUGGACAUGUUCCAUA